AAAUUAUUUUUAGAAAGAUUCACCCGGUUUUCUUUUUAUCUUUUGCCACGACUGAACGGCCUUGAAGUGGCAUCUUUUCACUGGAGAACGUGGAUGGAGACAUCAGCAACAUUCAGCGAUGCACCGGAAUGAGGGUUAUUCCCGAGCUAAAUAGUUGAAACACGUUUGAUAAGUAGCUCACCAAUAUUUACAGCGUACGCUUGGCUUAAGUUAUAAGCGCAUGUGUUUGUCUUUGUAUCGCCGGCAAACAUAACCUUGACAGGCACGCAGAUGCUAAAGACCGAAAUGUUUUAGUGUUGAUGUAUCGCUGUUGCAGAUAGGACGGACUCAAGCAGCGAUGCGUUCCUACCAGUGGAUCUUAAUAACGGUGGCAGUUGCACUGACCGUAACCGCAAUCCUGGCAGCGCCCGUUGGAGAAGAGGAACCCGACAUACUAUACUAUGACAACGUGCGUGAUGAUCAAGGAUACUUUUAUUCCUACAAAACGAAGGAUGGCCAGAGCCGCCGGGAGCAGGGAUACAUUGAUCCCGAGUCGGGCAUUUUGCGUGUGACAGGAUCGUAUAAGUACAUCGGUACCGACGGUGAAACGUACGAGGUGUACUACGAGGCGGACGAGAACGGGUAUCGCAUCGUUGGUAAGCCACCGCUGCCGGGCGCUCCCGGCAUCUCCAAUACUGUGUUACUUUCGCUCGUCGGUUAGGGUGUGAAGAAGAUAACCGCUAAAAAUGAUUAUCAAUGUGCUUUAUGGAGAAAUAAACUAGGAAAAAUGA